AUUCAGGGUUUCGUGAAGGCCUCCACGAAAUCAUCACAUCUACUCCAAGGCAUGCUCAUCUCCUCCAUCCAUUCUCACCGUCUCUUCCUUGCCCUCAUUUCCUAGACUCAACAACAUCCCUUCCAAAUGUCACGCUAUUACAGCGGAGGCUACGACCGGCUCGACGACCCCGACUGGAACCCAAACCUCGAUGCGUCAGAGUCAGCCGUCAACCUGGGCUCCUACGAACCCGUCCACGCCCACGAAGACGAUGCUGCCCCGUUAAAUCGCGACACCGCCUACCAACCCGCCGUACCCGCCACCUACCUCGACUCCAAAUACCCUCCGCGCGGCGUGAAAGGAUGGAAGAGCAAGACGUGGGAUCGGUGGACGGGGCGGAAGAAGAUUAUCGUUGCGAGCUCCGUCAUUGCCGCCGUGGUGGUCAUCAUUGCCGUCGUCGUCGGUGUUUCCGUCGCUGAGACUGAAGGCUCGCCUUUCAGCUACACUCAAUCCUUCGCCAACGUUACCAACGUAAAUGCCUUUGCUAGUGGAGGUGCCGUCCACGGAUCUCCGGUUGCGCAUGAUGGUAUUGGCGCGGGAGAGGACACUUAUACCUACUACUCCGGCGAUGCCUCGAACUUCCCAAACAACACCAAAUGGAUGUCUUACCAGAAGAUGUGGAGUAAUAACCUCAAUACCAUCUCCGGCUCCUGCACCACUUUGGGCGAUGGCGCGGAUGACACAGCAAAAGAGAUCGAGUACAUUGCACAAUCGAUCCGCAAUCGCUCAAUCGUAUCCCUGGUCGAUCACCGCCUCAUCCUGGCCGUCAUCCUCCAAGAGUCCGGAGGUUGCGUACAUGCCGGGCAAACAACCUCCUACUCCGGCGUCCGAAAUCCCGGCCUGAUGCAAUCCCACGACGGCCACUCCUACAACCCCAGCCACAGUCAACUCUCCAUCCUCGCCAUGAUCCAAGACGGCGUGCAGGGCACCGACAAAGGCGAAGGCCUGGUGCAGCUGCUAAACCAAUACGGCAAUCCGUACGAAGCGGCGCGCGUGUACAACAGCGGCUACAUCCCCAAGAGCGGCAAUUUGUCCGAGGCGGCGGGCGCGACGGCAUGCUAUGUUUCUGAUAUUGCGAAUCGGUUGACGGGCUGGACUACCGCGCCCAAUACGUGUCCGGGUCAGAUGGGAACUGCGUAGAUGAGUGCACGUGACGUGGAGGUUAAGCGUCGGACAAAAGGAGUCGGGCGCAGUGUCUUAUAUGAUCCAACCCUGCUCAUACGGCAUUCGAUGCGGGCAGUGAAAGCAGAAGAUCAAGACUUGGCUCCGGUAUGAGAGAAGGAAGACGACAUCGGAGAAUCCUGGCGGUGCAUUCGGGCGCUCCUCAACAAGCUCACUUGGGGAUGUAAAGAGGGAAGCAGCGCAAUAUACUUGCAUAGAGCACGAAAUGACCAAUGACCA